CUGCCCCCAGAGGAGCCCAUCUACUGCUACACGCCGCACAACUUCACGCGCGACCAGGCGCUGUACGCCCGCGGCUACUGCUGGACGGAGCUUCGGGACGCGCUGCCCGGCGUGGACGCCAGCCUGUGGCCGUCGCUGUUCGAGCACAAGUUCCUGCCCUACGCGCUGCUGGCCUUCGCCGCCAUCAUGUACGUGCCCGCGCUGGGCUGGGAGUUCCUGGCGUCCACGCGCCUCACCUCGGAGCUCAACUUCCUGCUGCAGGAGAUCGACAACUGCUACCACCGCGCGGCCGAGGGCCGGGCGCCCAAGAUCGAGAAGCAGAUCCAGUCCAAGGGCCCCGGCAUCACGGAGCGCGAGCGGCGCGAGAUCAUCGAGAACGCGGAGAAAGAGAAGAGCCCCGAGCAGAACCUGUUCGAGAAGUACCUGGAGCGGCGCGGCCGCAGCAACUUCCUGGCCAAGCUCUACCUGGCGCGCCACGUGCUCAUCCUGCUGCUCAGCGCCGCGCCCAUCUCCUACCUGUGCACCUACUACGCCACGCAGAAGCAGAACGAGUUCACGUGCGCGCUGGGCGCCGCCCCCGACGGCGCGGGCGCGGGCGCGGGCGCCGGCGCCGUGCGCGUGAGCUGCAAGCUGCCGUCCGUACAGCUGCAGCGCAUCAUCGCGGGCGUGGACAUCGUGCUGCUGUGCGUCAUGAACCUCGUCAUCCUGGUCAACCUCAUCCACCUGUUCAUCUUCCGCAAGAGCAACUUCGUGUUCGACAAGCUGCACAAGGUGGGCAUCAAGACGCGCCGCCAGUGGCGCCGCUCGCAGUUCUGCGACAUCAACAUCCUGGCCAUGUUCUGCGACGAGAACCGCGACCACAUCAAGUCGCUCAACCGCCUGGACUUCAUCACCAACGAGAGCGACCUCAUGUACGACAACGUGGUGCGCCAGCUGCUGGCCGCGCUGGCGCAGUCCAACCACGACGCCACGCCCACCGUGCGCGACUCGGGCGUGCAGACGCUGGACCCCAAAGCUGCGCUCCCUGAGAAGGAGAUCCCGUUCCCUGCAGAGCCAGCCCGGGUGGGGCUUCCCUCUGGGGGCCCGUUCCAUGUCUGCUCGCCGCCCGCAGCCCCCUCGGCAGCCUCUCUGUCCCCCGCCAGCCUGGGCAAGGCGGACCCCCUUACCAUCCUGAGCCGAAACGCCACCCACCCCCUGCUGCACAUCAGUACGCUGUACGAGGCCAGGGAGGAGGAGGACGGGGCUCCCUGCGUGCCCCAGGACGUGGGCGACCUCAUCACCAUCCCCGCCCCGCAGCAGAUCCUCAUUGCCACCUUCGACGAGCCCAGAACAGUCGUGAGUACGGUGGAGUUCUGAGGGCGCGCGCCGACGGCUGCCAAAAGGCGUCUGCGUUGAGUGCGGCCGCCUUCGGCAGCGCCAGCCCCGGUGGAUGCGGCCUCCCCCCGUGCCCGGGGCCCAGCACCCCACCCGCUCCACAGGGUGGGGGGCUGACAGGAUCGCCCGGUGCUGGCUCGGGUGGGCCGUAGCUGGAAAGGCAGGAGCCCGCGCCCCUGCCCCACACACUUGGCUGGGGGGUGUGAAUGAAGAGUUUAUUUUUUUAGCCAAUGUCGCCCUGGGCCGGGCUGUGGCAGGACAGCCCGGUGCCCCCAGCCCAGGGAGCCAAGAGGACGCCGGCCAGCGGGCGGCAGGCCCGUGGGCACAUGCUCAGGGCAGCCCCCUUCAGGGACCUGACGCCCGGGUGGGGGACCAAAGUCCACCCUCGGGUCAAAGAUCAACUGCACUUUCUCCUUGUAGCCUGACAUACCUUUUAUUUUACUAAGAUGAACUAAUACGCAUAUUUAUCAUCAGGAGACCUAGAGUGAGCGGAACACAAAGUACAGUGUGUGUGAACGGGCAGCGGAAGGCGUGAGCGUGCGUGUGCACCGUCAAGCCUGUGCAGUGUAGAUGCAGUCAUGUGUGCGGUUGAGCCUGUGCGUGCAUGCGUGAGUGUCUGGGUGAAGUGUGUGGGGCUGGCCUGUGCGCGUCAAGCCUGCCUGUUGUGGAUGGUUGCGAAUGGACGUGUGCACGGUGAAGCCUAUGCACGCAUGCCAGCAGCUCUGGGUGUGAGAGUGUGCACGAUUGAGCCUGCGUGUGCCCCGGGGCCCCCUGGAAGCCGGUGCACGGGAGACGCGUGAGUGAGUGGGCAUGUGCGGGCCAGGGUGUGGCCGUGCGUGGGAAGGGGCCCACCGCAAUAACCACGCCCCCCACCCGGGCCCCCAACCCCACCGCACUGCCCCCGUGGGAGCACGCGGUCCCUCCCCUUUACCUCAGCCGCGGCAACCUGCAAGAAGGACCCAGGUGGCACUGAGCAUAUCAAUAAAUCCUAUUCUGAUAACCGCC